CUCCCUCCCUCCCUCUCUGUCUGCUAGAAGCUCCAGUGCAAAUAUAACUUGUCCUGACCUUUCAAAGACACAGGAAGUCGAUAUUUACAAUAAAAGUGCCCAGAGGUUCAGAGAGAAGGAAGCUUUACAGAGUAAAAGGAAGAAUUUACAACCAAGAGUGAUGAGUUAAAAGUGUUGAUCUGGGCUGAGAGAAGGGGAAUGUUCCCCUACUCCGGCGUUCCAUGCGAGAGAGUACGAAUGAGUGACCGAGAGAGGGAGAGAGAGAACGAGAGAGAGUUAGAACGCUCGGAGAGGAAAGUGUUCAUGGUCUGCUCUGGGGAAGAGAGGGACACAAGAAACUUCAGAACGUAAAGAUAGCCGAAGAUGAACAUUCUCCAUCAGUCUCGACACAAACUGCUUGCGCUCCUCAGUUUGUUUUAUUCAGCCGGCGGAGGCACCCCCCGGGUUCCCACCCUCGCCCGGCUGGGCCAGGAGGUGACCCUGGGCUGCAGCUUCCCGCCCGCCCCGCUCCCCGGGCUGAUCAUCGAGUGGAGCCUUCGCCGGGGCCCGACCGAGACGCGCGUGGCCUACAGCUACCACCACGGCGCCGCCCACCUCAGCGGCCUGCACCCGCAGUUCAGGAACCGGACCCUGGUGGAACCGGAGGGGCUGCCGGACGGCCGGGCACCUCUGAGGCUGAAGGGGGUCUCCCCUCGGGACGAGGGUCACUACCUCUGCUACGUCCGCUCCGCUCGCGGGAAGCACCAAGAGGGCCAGGAGCUGCAGCUGGCGGCCCCCUACAGCAGACCCGAGGUGUUCUGCGAGGCUGACGUGCCGCUGCGGGUGAAGAUGAGCUGCCAGUCCCUGGGGGGUUACCCGCGGGCCCGGCUUCGGUGGCUGUGGGCGAACGGCAGCCGGUUCGGAGGGGAGGAGGAGGAGGAGGAGGAGGAGGAGGAGAAGAGGCUGUGGGCCGAGGCGGUGGAGAAUGGGACCUACGAGCUGCGGAGCACGCUGGAGGUGCCGGCCGGCGUGGAGGGGAAGCUGCGGUGCGAGGUGGUCAACCCCAGGACAGGGGAGAGGGCGGCCAGCGGGCAGAGCUGCGGAGUGCCGGGCAGCACAGCACCAGGCCGCAGGGUGUACAACAGCAGCGUCUGCAACGAGUGCAGGCGGAGGACAGGUGAGACUCGCCACACAAGCCCAGGGCCCGGUUUGCCAUCCUCGGCUGCGUGGCCAUAUUCUUGCUGCUCCUGUCCCUGCUCGCCUGCACCCAGAGCCGCCCGCCGGGGGAGCCUCUCGCCUCGCACUGGAAACUGCCGGAAAGGCGCCCGUGCUCGUCGGGCCAGAGGCUGCAGCCUUGAACCCCCCAUGUCCUCCACGGUGUUGUCAUGGACGAGCCCUUGGCACCUGCACAGAGUAUCGCCGCCUGUACAGAAUAUCGCCGCCUGUACAGAGUAUCACCGCCUGUACAGAAUAUCGCCGCCUGUACAGAAUAUCGCCACCUGUACGGAAUAUCGCCGCCUGUACUGAAUAUCGCCGCCUGUACAGAAUAUCGCCGCCUGUACAGAGUAUCACCGCCUGUACAGAAUAUCGCCGCCUGUACAGAAUAUCGUCGCCUGUACAGAAUAUCGCCAGCUGUACAGAAUAUCGCCACCUGUACCGAAUAUCGCCACCUGUACAGAGUAUCGAAACCUGUACAGAUUAUCGCCGCUUGUACAGAGUAUCGCCACCUGUACAGAAUAUCGCCACCUGUACAGACUAUCGCCGCCUGUACAGAGUAUUGCCACCUGUACAGAUUAUCGCUGCCUGUAGAGAGCAUCGCCACCUGUAGAGAGCAUCGCCACCUGUAGAGAGCAUCGCCGCCUGUGCGCGCGCGCGGAAGGUCAAGGACCCCACGAUUAUUGAACAAGUGACUGUGCGUGUGUGUGUAAGGAAAGCCCAGGUCUCAGGCGGCUACCAGGGCAAACAGGGGGCGAGUGCAGUUUAACCUGUUGCUCUUCGAACUCCAUGCACCUGCUCUGUUGGCUUAUCAACUGGGGACCGCAACAGUGAAACAACGGGCCAACUUUAACCAAGCUGUGCAGGGACAGUAAUCCAACAGAUCAGGCGGCACACUGGCAUUCCGAUUGAGUGGCUUGGCUACUUGCAACCUACCCACCGUCCCACUCACAGACUGGCUUUGAUUUAAUUCUAAUCGCCCCCAUCGCCUUCCAAGACUUGUGAGGAUUCACCGCCAGCUCUCUCUGUCGCUGUAGCCCCUUUAACAAUUGUACCAUUUCAUUUACGUCGCUUGUUUGAGAGUGGUUUUUGUAUUUUUUAUAUAUACGUAUAUUCUAUACAUACUCAUUCUCUCUA